GCGGGGCCUGUUGUCCCGGGUGACGGAAGUGCGGCGGCGUCCCGUUGAGCGGGCCUUUUGGAAGUUGGCGUCUGCGGUGAGGCCGAGCUACUCCCAGAAUCCUGGCUGCCUGAUGUACCUCCAUUUCCUCCUUUCCACUCCCAGACAAGCCUUUGUCAGUACUGCUGAGAGAGCCCCAGUUCCCUGAUGUGUGUGACAAUGGACCAGAAAAUUUUAUCUCUAGCAGAAGAUAAAACAGCAGACAGACUGCAGGAAUUUCUUCGAACCCUGAAAGAAGAUGACCUGGCUAAUGUCCUUCAGAAUCAGGCGGUGAAAGGAAGAGCUGCUGGAGCACUCCUGAGAGCCGUCUUCAAAGGUUCUCCCUGCUCUGAGGAAGAUGGAGCUCUUAGGAGACUUAAGGUAUAUACUUGUUGUAUCCAGUUGGUGGAAUCGGGGGAUUUACAGAGAGAAGUAGCAUCUGAGAUCAUAGGAUUACUAAUGUUGGAGGCCCCCAGUUUUCCAGGAGUACUACUGAUUGAGUUAGCCAAUGAGUUCAUUGGUGCUAUCAAACAGGGCAGCCUCAAGAAUGGAAAAUCUUUGGAGUUGUUACCCGUCAUCCUCACUGCCCUUGCUACUAAAAAGGAAAGUCUGGCUUAUGGAAAAGGUGAACUGAGUGGGGAAGAAUGUAAGAAGCAGCUGAUUAGCACCCUCUGUUCUGGCACAUGGGAUCAGCAAUAUGUAAUCCAGCUCACCUCCAUGUUCAAGGAUGUCCCCCUGGCUGCAGAAGAGGUGGAGUUUGUGAUGGGAAAAGUGUUGAAGAUGUUCUCCAAAUUGAAUCUCCAAGAAGUACCACCUUUGAUAUAUCAGCUUUUGAUUCUCUCCUCAAAGGGAGGCAGGAAGAGAGUUUUGGAAGGAAUCAUAGCUUUCUUCAGUGACCUAGAUAAGCAGCACAAUGAGGAGCAGAGUGGUGAUGAGCUGUUGGAUCUUCUUACCUUGUCAUCAGGUGAACUUCGUCAUGUGGAAGGAACUGUUAUUCUACACAUUGUGUUUGCCAUAAAAUUGGACUGUGAAUUAGGCAGAGAACUCCUAAAAUACUUAAAGACAGGACAGCAAGGAGAUUUCCGUAAUAAUGUAUGUCCCUUCAGCAUUGCCGUCCUGCUGUCUCUCUCAAGAAUACAAAGAUAUAAGGAACAGGUGUUUGACCUUUUAAAGGCUUUGAUUAUAAAAAGCUUUAAGGAUCUUCAGCUUCUCCAAGGCUCAAAAUUUCUUCAGAAUCUAGUCCUUCAAAGACCUUGUGUUUCAACCAUGAUCUUGGAAGUGGUAAAGAAUAGUGUUCACAGUUGGGAUUAUGCUACUCAGAGCCUGGUAGAGCUUGGCCUCUUUUUAAUGGAUUUAUAUGGGCCAAAGAAGGUUCUAGAUGGUAUACUUAGGGAAACCACCUCAGGUCUUUCUAGAAUGCCUAACCAGUAUGCAUGUAAACUGGGAGCUAAUAUCCUAUUGGAAACUUUUAAGAUCCAUGAGGUAAUCCGACAAGAAAUUCUGGAGCAAGUCCUCAGCAGGGUUGUAACCAGAGCAUCUUCUCCCAUCAGUCAUUUCUUAGACCUGCUUUCAAAUAUCAUCAUGUAUGCACCCUUAGCUCUUCAAAGUUGUUCUUCUAAAGUCACAGAAACUUUUGACUAUUUAUCCUUUCUGCCCCUUCAAACUGUACAAGGGCUGCUAAAGGCAGUGCAGCCCCUUCUGAAGGUCAGCAUGUCAAUGAGAGACUCCUUGAUACUUGUCCUUCGGAAAGCUAUGUUUGCCAGGCAGCUUGAUGCCCGGAAAUCUGCAGUUGCUGGGUUUUUGCUGCUCCUGAAGAACUUUAAGGUCUUAGGCAGCUUGUCCUCCUCUCAGUGCAGUCAGUCAAUCGGUGCUAGCCAGGUCCAUGUGGAUGUCCACAGCCGUUACAAUUCUGUUGCUAAUGAAACAUUUUGCCUUGAGAUCAUGGAUAGUUUGAGGAGAUGCUUAAGCCAACAGGCUGAUGUUCGACUCAUGCUUUAUGAGGGGUUUUAUGAUGUCCUUCGAAGGAACUCUCAGCUGGCUAAUUCAAUCAUGCAGACCUUGCUGUCACAGUUAAAGCAGUUCUAUGAGCCAAAACCUGAUGUGCUGCCUCCUCUGAAAUUAGAAGCUUGUAUUUUGACCCAAGGAGAUCAGAUCUCUGUACAGGAACCACUGGAUUAUCUACUGUGUUGUAUUCAUCACUGUUUGGCCUGGUAUAAGAGGAGAGUGAUGCCCCUGCAGCAGGAAGAAGAGGAAGAUGAAGGAUUCUACCAAGACUUAGAUGAUCUGCUGGAGUCUGUUACUAGCAGAAUGAUUAAGAGUGAACUGGAGGACUUUGAACUGGAUAAGUCAGCAGAUUUUUCUCAGAGCUCUUCUGUUGGCAUCAAAAAUAAUAUCUGCGCUUUUCUUGUGAUGGGAGUUUAUGAGGUUCUAAUAGAGUAUAACUUUUCCAUCAGUAAUUUCAGUAAGAAUAAGUUUGAGGAAAUUCUGAGGUUAUUUAUGUGUUACAAGAAACUGUCUGACAUCGUUAAUGAAAAAGCUGGUAAAAGCAAAACUAAAACAGGCAACAAAACAAAUGAUAGUGUUUUGUCCAUGAAAUUUGUGUCUGAUCUUCUCACCGCUCUUUUCAGGGACAGUGCCCAAAGCCACGAAGAGAGCCUGUCCGUCCUGAGGUCCAGCAGUGAGUUUAUGCGCUAUGCAGUGAGUGUGGCUCUGCAGAAGGUACAGCAGCUGAAGGAAACAGGGCAUGUGAGUGGCCCUGAUGGUCAAAACCCAGAGAAGAUCUUUCAGAACCUCUGUGACAUAACUCGGGUUUUGCUUUGGAGAUACACUUCCAUUCCUACUUCAGUCGAAGAGUCAGGAAAGAAGGAGAAAGGAAAGAGCAUCUCGCUGCUGUGCUUGGAGGGUUUGCAGAAGAUACUCAGCGUUGUGCAGCAGUUUUAUCAGCCCAAGAUUCAUCAGUUUCUCAGGGCUCUGGAUGUCACAGAUAAGGAGGGAGAAGAGUUGGAAGUCAGUGUCAGUGAAAGAGCAGCCUUCCAGAUCCGACAGUUUCAGAGGUCUUUGUUGAACUUACUUAGCAGCCCAGAGGAAGACUUCCACAGCCGAGAAGCCCUCCUGCUAGUCACUAUCCUCUCCGAUCUCUCCAGGCUGCUGGAGACCGCCUCCCCUCAGUUUGUGCAGAUGUUAUCCUGGACAUCUAAGAUUUGCAAGGAAAACAGCCGGGAUGAUGCCUCAUUUUGCAAGGGAUUGAUGAGUUUGCUCUUCAGCCUCUAUGUUUUGUGUAAGAGUCCUGUCACCCUGCUGCGUGACUUGUCCCAGGAUAUCCAUGGGCAUCUUGGAGACAUAGACCAGGAUGUAGAGGUGGAGAAGACAAACCACUUUGCAAUGGUGAAUUUGAGAACAGCUGCCCCGACUGUGUGUUUGCUUGCUCUGAGUCAGGCUGAGAAGGUCCUAGAAGAAGUGGACUGGCUGAUCACCAAGCUUAAGGGCCAAGUGGGCCAAGAGGUCAUACCAGGAGAGGCCUCCUCCCAGGGAGCCCUACCAAGUCAGCCCGUUGAGAAAGCCAUCGUCAUGCAGCUGGGAACUCUGCUUACAUUUUUCCAUGAGCUGGUACAGACAGCCCUGCCAUCUGGCAGCUGUGUGGACAUCUUGUUAAAGGACCUUUGCAAAAUGUACACCAUUCUCACUGCACUUGUCCGAUAUUAUCUCCAGGUGUGUCAGAGUUCCGGAGGGUUUCCAAAAAUUUUGGAGAAGCUGGUGAAGCUGUCAGGUUCUCAUCUGACCCCACUGUGUUAUUCUUUCAUUUCUUACGUACAGAACAAGAAGAGCAACAGCCCAAAAUACACGGGAGAGAAGGAGAAAAUUGCUGCUGUCACCACGGCCAUGGCCAGAGUUCUUCGGGAAACCAAGCCAAUCCCUAAUCUCAUCUUUGCCAUUGAACAGUAUGAAAAAUUUCUCAUCCACCUUUCCAAGCGGUCCAAGGUGAACCUGAUGCAGCACAUGAAGCUGAGCACCUCACGAGACUUCAAGAUCAAAGGGAACGUCCUGGACAUGGUUCUUCGGGGAGAGGAGGACGAGGACGAGGACAGAGAGGGCACUGCGUCGCCCCCCAGGGGACAGAACAAGGAGCCAGCCAGGAAGAAAAGGAAAGAAGAAACGAAAUGCCUGAGUUAAUGUGGACUUUGGGGCUUCUGCUUUCUACCCAGUAAGCAACAAUGCAUCCUUGUUCCACUGCCUGCACCCAUGAUGGCAUCUUGGUUCUGAGUCUGUUGUUCAACUGCACCUUCAGUUAGAGGCAAUUGUUCUUGGCAUCUGCUACUUAAAUAUGGCUGGCCUGGGGCAAGCCCUUUGCAAAAAGCACAGCUGAAUGCCUGAGUUUGGGAGCCUGUACUGCCCCAGUGAAGCUCCACAGGAGCAAAUAUGGAGCCACCAGGUAGAGCUAUGGUCCAGGCUGGCUUCGUUUUUCCAAGGAGCCUUUGGUGAGUUCAAUUAUCUGGUAAAUAUCCAGCGCUUCCCCUGAAAGAGAGCGCAGAUUGGUUAGGAUGCUUCUUCAAAAAUUGUUAACUCAGAGCGUAGAAGUGAGAAAAGGGGUAUGGAAGGGUUGAGAAUCAUUGCCAGGAACAGUAAUGUUAUAUUUUGGGGGUCUGUUUUCUUUUUGUAUAAGUUGUCUUAGAUACAUUGUAUAUAGACAGUAAGCUUUCUCAUUACUUGUUUUGGCAUUCAAAGCACAAUUUUUAUUCACUUAAGAAUGCACUUUGACUUUAUACAUUAAAUCCUCUUUGAACA